UAGUUCGUCUCGGGGGACAGGUGGUUUCAUUUCACGUGGUUUCGUGCUUGUUUGUGGCAUUUGAAACGCUGAUAUCCAUGGGGCUCACACGCGCGACUAUUUCUCACACACGUGCGAUCAAUCCCUCUUAAAUCUUGCAAGCAGUUUCUUUCUUCUACUCUGUCACCGCUCAUCACAGCACGAUUUGCUCCACCGAAAACAGUUGAUUUUUAUAUCAAACCGGUUAUCAAUCACCGCAAAACUCUACCCAAAAAAUUGAAAUUAUUUCCGAUGUCGAUAAAAACUGUUAAAGUCGGUAACGUUUCUUUGGGAGCAACUGACCGGGACAUUAAGGAGUUCUUUUCUUUUUCUGGCGACAUUGAAUAUGUUGAACUACGGAGUCAUGAUGAACGAUCUCAAAUUGCUUAUGUUACCUUCAAGGAUUCACAGGGAGCUGAGACUGCUGUAUUGCUAUCGGGAGCAACAAUAGUAGACCUGUCAGUUACAAUAACACUGGAUCCAGAUUAUCAGCUUCCACCCGAUGCCUUGGGGUCAUCUGAAAAUGAAAGUAAAACUCCUGGUGGUGCUGAAUCUGCUUUGCGAAAGGCAGAGGAUGUAGUCUCCAGCAUGGUAGCCAAAGGGUUUAUCUUAGGGAAAGAUGCUGUCAACAAAGCAAAGACUUUUGAUGAGAAGCUCCAGUUAUCAUCGACAGCCUCAGCAACAGUUGCAUCUUUUGAUCAAAAACUUGGGCUUAGCGAGAAAAUAGGUGCUGGUGCUUCAGUUGUGAGUGAUAAAGUUCGAGAAGUGGAUCAAAAGUUUCUGGUUUCAGAAAAGACAAAAUCAGCAUUUGCAGCUGCAGAACAGACAGUCAGUACUGCUGGCUCUGCCAUAAUGAAGAAUCGCUACAUUCUUACUGGGGCCACCUGGGUAACGGGUGCUUUUAGUAGGGUUUCUAAGGCAGCUGUGGAAGUAGGUCAGAAAACAAGAGAGAAGAUGGAGAACGCAGAACAACAAGAGAAACAACAUGUUGAAGUUUCUGAGCCCCCAAAAGCAGCAGCAGCAGGAGCAUCAAGUGAGCAGCAUUCGCCCAAGCCUGCUCCUGCUAAGGGUUUGAUCCUUUGAAUAUAUAUUUUCGUUGAAACUACUGCAGACUGUUUUCAGACCAUCACAGAUUUGUUUUUUACAGAUUGGAUGUGAAUGUAGGAUAGAUUUGACCAGUUUUACUUGGAUAAAUUUGCAAUUUUAUUUUAUUUUGUAAGAUAAACUUGAUUUCGUAGGUAUUAAAAUUUAAAAAUAUAUGUUUCUCCUAUUUUCUUUGGUAGUAGUAAUUACCAGAUAAUAGUAUAACUAAUAAUCAAGGUGUUAGUUCACUUUUGUCAUAGGGGUGUAGCCGUGUAGGUAUAUGGUAGUUACUGCAUGUAUGUAUAGCUUAUAUGUAUUUAAGCAUACACAAUGCUUCUACGUGGAAUCAAUAAACUCUUUCGCUAUUCAUUAA